CCAUCUGAUUGGCUCCUGAUGUAAUUUGCAACAAAUUAUCAAUCAGAUGUGUGUUACGCACGCGCUGUUGUGUACUGCAACACGUGUCGGUCAAUUUGAAGAACCACAAUUCGAUCAGUAAGUGAUCGUAACGUAAGGCAGUCUCAAAGUCUAGCAAGUGGCAGCAGAGUAGGAUGACGCUUUGUGGUCAUCUGCUCUCUUAACCAAGCUGCAUGGAAUCGGAGAGCCAAGGGUUUCAGGUCUGGCGAGACUACAUGGGACUGGCAGAUACGAUACGGGACAUCCAGGCGAGAGACAAUUCCGCUGAGACCUCCUCGGCCCUGGAGCCUCCGCUCCGUUGCAAUACUCUAGGGCUCCGUACCGUGCUUAAUGGCGAUUCGGUCCAUGUUGACAUGCGACGUCCCGGGGCUUCUUCCACCGCUUCUCUGGACUUCAGGAAAAGAAGAGGCGCUUUCGAUUCCUUGCGUGCAAAUGCACAAAGUAACGGGGAGACGCCCCCCCCCCCUGGACCGCCCUGCAGAGAUAGGGGCCAGAGAGCCGUCCUGAAGGGCCCGGAUAUGUUCUGCGGCUUCUGCAAACACAACGGGGAGUCUGCCGAGGUGUUCAGCUCCCAUCGGCUGAAGAACCAGGCCGGGGAGGUGCUGUGCCCCUACCUCAGGGAUUACAUCUGCCCCCUGUGCAAUGCCACGGGGGCCCGGGCGCACACCAAGCGCUUCUGCCCACUGGUGGACGACGCGUACUGCUCCGUUUACGCACAGCCCAAACGUUAAGGUUGUUGGUACGGCGCCUGGGACUAUAGUUUUCGGCUUAAGUUAAAAGUAUAAUAUUAGAGUUGGACUUGUUUUUGUUGUGUUUUUACUUGUAUUUUACUCAUUAUGUUUUUGCAUGAACGUUUGCUGUGCAUCAAUUAUUUAACCAGCUUAUUUUACUAUUUUACUAUCUAUUUUACUAGACUAUUCUUCUGACCGCCAGCAUGUAUGUGUGGUCAACGUGUUCCUGUGUGGUGAGCUCACUAUCUGCCUGUUACCUGUGUUGUCAGCUCACUGACACUGCUUGGUGUUGAGAUUCACAUAUUAGACGAGUGCCUAGAAUGGUGUCUAAUCCUUUAAACAUUUUACCAUUUUAUCUCUACCAAUAGGAAAUGACAUAUGCAUUCGUCAACAUUUUAAAUCUUUUAAUAAUUGAGUGUUUUUGUUCAUUUUUGUUUAUUUGAUUUACUAUGUUAAACGUGUUUCUUGAAUACAACCACUUGAACUCUUA